AAAAAAGAUAACAUAUAAUACAACUAAGAACAAAAGUAAAAAAAUAUUUCCACACACCGCUCCAAUCAAAUAUCAACAUUUAAAAGGACCAAUCAAAUUCAGUAUUUGAAAGUCAAUCCAUCCUGUGGCACCUGAUUUGAAAACCGGUGAAAUUGGCCAGAGCACAAAACUUCAAUUAAUUCAUUUCACAAAGCCCUUGACUGCAGUGCCCCUGAAUCUGGUCAUCAUAUUCCAGUAGCUAAGUCUUUAAAACAAAAAUCCACAGAUUUUUUUUGACAUCUAUUUAUUUAUUUAACAAGCCACAAAUAACAAAAAAAGAUGCCUGAAAAAUCAAGACUGAAGGAUUACAAGAACAAGGGACGAGAUGUUGAUGAGAUGCGACGCAGGCGUCAAGACGUGUCGGUGGAGCUGCGCAAGCAGAGGAAGGAUGAUCAGCUGCUGAAGAGGAGGAACGUGGAUGUUGAUGAGGAGCCCACCAGCCCUCUUGGGGAUGCCUCAAACAGGCAAAACGCUAUUCCUGACAUGAGCAUUCAGGAAAUGAUUGCUGGGAUCAACGGCAUCGAUAGCGACAUGCAGAUGAAAGCCACACGAGCAGUCCGAAAACUUCUGUCCAAGGAACGUAACCCCCCUAUUGAUGACAUUAUCCAGUCUGGGGUUAUACCACGUCUGGUGGAGUUCCUCGCUUACAGUGACAAGGCCGAGUUGCAGUUUGAGGCGUCCUGGGCUCUGACCAACAUCGCAUCUGGCACCUCUGACCAAACAAAGGCCGUGGUGAACGCGGGUGCCGUGCCCAAGUUUAUUAAGCUGCUGGAGUCCGGUGUGCCUAAUGUGUGUGAGCAGGCUGUCUGGGCUCUAGGCAAUAUUGCUGGGGAUGGACCAGACCUUCGUGAUUUUGUAACUGACUGUGGAAUUGUGGAGCCCCUCCUUCGUCUUGUGCAAAACGAUACAAAUGCUGCCUUCCUGCGUAACGUGACGUGGACCCUGUCCAACCUGUGCCGUAACAAGAACCCGCCUCCCAACUUCAAGGUGGUGAAACAGUUCCUGCCCACGCUCAACAGACUGCUGCACCACACAGACAAGGACGUGUUGUCAGACACCUGCUGGGCUCUGUCCUACCUCACUGACGGCACUAACGACAAGAUACAGGAGGUCAUCAACAGUGGCGUGGUUCCCAGGCUGAUAGAGCUGUUACAGCACGUGGAGGUGGUGGUGGUCACCCCAGCACUGAGAUCCAUCGGAAACAUCGUCACGGGCGAUGACCAGCAGACUCAGCAUGUGAUAGACUGCAAGGCGCUGCCAGUGUUCCAGAAGCUACUGCGCCACCCGAAGAUCAACAUUCAGAAGGAGGCCGCAUGGACUAUCUCAAACAUCACGGCGGGCAACUCCGAGCAGAUACAGCACGUACUCGACUGUGGGCUGCUGCCACUCAUCAUUGACAUACUCAAAAAUGGUGACUACAAGAGCCAGAAGGAGGCGGUGUGGGCGGUGACCAACCUGACCUCCGGGGGCUCCAUGGAGCAGAUAGGCACGCUGGUCAACAUGGGCGUGAUCCCUCACCUGUGUAACAUGCUCACUGUCAAGGAGUCCAAGGUCAUACUGGUCAUACUGGACGCCCUCGGCAACAUACUGCUGGCUGCGGAGAGGGCCGGCCCCGAGGUUACAAAUGCAUUGACUAUAAUGAUCGAGGAGAACGGAGGGCUGGACAAGAUAGAGGCACUGCAAGGCCACGAGAACGAGACAGUUUACAAGGCAUCGCUAGAGCUCAUUGAGAAAUACUUCACUGGCGAGGAAGAGGACCAGAACCUCGCGCCAGAAGUAGAGGAAGGGGCCACGGCGUACCAGUUCACUGCAGCCUCCAUGGCCCCUCCACAGCAGUUCUCCUUCUGAGAACCCUCCUAUCCCUUGGACCCCUGGUGCCUGACAGGAGGGGCCCCUCCUCCCGUACCUUUCCCGUCCUAUGGCUAGUCUUUCAUGAGGAUCUCUAGACAUUCACUGUGUACAAUCAACUCUAUACAGUAUCUUUAUACUCUGACCUGCUUUCAACUCUUCUGCCACUUUGAUUUCCUUUCAAAAUUUCACUUUGAUAUUCUUUUCCAUCUUUUACAUCAUAUUUGUUUCACCAGAAUGACUUGACUUUAUUUUCGACACUUGACUGACAGGUGCUUAUGUUCGUUUCAUAUGUAUUCAUUUUUUUUUUCAACUGAUUUUUCCAAUAUUUCUAAGACAUUAUACAUGGAUGUCAAGAAUGUUUUGCUAUGUUGAUAUAAGUGUGAAGAUGUGCUGGUUUGUGCUGUGUGUUGGUUUUAUAUUUACCUUUGAUUGAUUUUGGAAGUGCUAUUUCUAUAUGUAUGUGAAACAGAAAUUGUGCUAAAUGUUAUGUCAAUAUGUAAUAUAUUAAAUUUUGGUGAAUGGUUGCACACAUUAAUGUUGCACGCUUAUUGUAUAUGAAUUGCUGGUAUUUUUUUAUAUGAUCACUUUGAUUUUUAUAUGCAAUCGUAAAAUUAUUCCUUCCCGGUAUAUUUUAUGAUGUAAUCCGUUUGUAACUUUAUAAAACCGAGAGAGUUUAAUAAUUUUCUUUCGCAUAUGUCAUGUAAUUUGCAUAAUAGGUAAACAGAUAAAAAGCAAGAGUUGUAGCAAAUUAAAGUAGUACAAUUUUGACGCAAUAGCUUCCUUUGGAGUUUACUGUCGGUACUAUUUAAAUGACUUAAGUAUAGAAUGGCCCAAGUUUUAAUGUUUUGUUCAUGGAUAAUCAUAAAUGUGCAAUAGUGCAUACAAAGUAUACGUUGAAAACUACUCCAGUACUCGCCUUUUUUCUCCUCUAUUUGAAUCUCUGUAAAGCUAUUUUGUACAUUUAUUUACGAUGUGGUGGAACAAUAUUAUGUGAAUAAAUUAUUGGCAGAAUGA